AUGUCUUACACUAGUUACGGACCUCCAGGAGUUUCUUCUUCUUCUACUAAUAAUACUAAUAAUGCGCCACCAGGUACUUUAUACAGUUCAACUACUGCAUCUACAGCUACUGCUUACGGUGGAAGUAGUAUUCCUCCUUCAGCUGCUACAUCUUACGGUACUUCAUAUACUAGUUCAUCAUACAAAAAUUAUGGAUCUUCCGCCGCCACAACCUCCUCUUCACGUCAUGGUAACGAUCGUGGGUUAGAUCGUUCGUAUGAUGAUCGUAGUCGAAGAGAUCGUAAAGAAUAUGAAUCUCGUAGUGGCUCUGGUAUUCAUCGAGAGAGAGAGAGAAGUCCUGGUGAAGAUAGUAGACGUAUUAACGGCGAUCGCUAUAGUAGUUCAAGCUAUCGUCCAGGUGGUGGAAGUAGUUCAUAUUCUAAUGAUCGCAUGUCAACUUUAGGUUCCGGAUUGACAAGACAAGAAUGGGAUGUUACUAAACUUCCAAAAUUCGAAAAGAAUUUUUAUCGUGAACAUCCUAGUGUCACUGAUCGAUCACUAAUGCAGGUUGAAGAAUAUCGAAGACAUCAUGAAAUGAAAGUCUUUGGUCGUGAUAUUCCAAAACCUGUAGAAACUUUUGAUGAAGCUAAUUUUCCAGGUUUUACGGCACCUACACCAAUUCAAUCUCAAGGAUGGCCGAUGGCACUUUCUGGUCGUGAUGUAGUGGGUAUUGCCGAAACUGGUUCUGGCAAGACCCUCGCAUAUUGUUUACCAUGUAUUGUUCACAUUAAUGCUCAACCCUUCCUUGAACAAGGUGACGGACCGAUUGUCCUUAUUCUCGCACCAACUCGUGAAUUAGCCGUACAAAUUCAACAAGAAUGUACCAAAUUUGGAAAAUCAUCAAAGAUCAAGAAUACUUGUGUUUACGGAGGAGUUCCUAAAGGACCUCAAGCUCGUGAGUUAUCGAUUGGAGUUGAAAUUUGUAUUGCUACUCCUGGGCGAUUGAUAGAUAUGUUAGAAUCCCGAAGAACCAAUCUUCGUCGAGUUACGUACCUCGUUCUUGAUGAAGCGGAUCGAAUGUUAGAUAUGGGAUUUGAACCUCAAAUUAGAAAAAUUGUUGACCAAAUUAGACCUGAUAGACAAACCCUUAUGUGGAGUGCAACUUGGCCCAAAGAAGUUAAAAAACUUGCUGAAGAUUAUUUGACUGAUUUCAUUCAAGUUAACAUUGGCUCACUUGAUUUGUCAGCGAGUCAUAAUAUAAGUCAAGCCAUUGAAGUUUGUUCUGAACACGAAAAACGAGCAAAGUAA